GAGAGGGGUGGCAUGCAGCCAACGGAGAGGACAGGGAAAAGUUGUGAGAUAGCCAGAGGGACGGGCUGGGAGAAGAGUCAGCUUCAUUGGGGCGCUGCUGAGGAGGAAGGAGAGCAGCGGCUUUUCCUCCUGUUCGUCUGUCUCUCUGCGUCUCUGUCUGUCUUUCUGUUUGUCUCCCCCUCUCCUCUCUAACUGUCUCUCAUCCUGGCUGCCGCUGCAAUGGGGCUGUCUCUGCAGUGAAAGUGCUGGCUGGCGGAUUCUCCUUGAGUGAACCCUGACUGUGCGCAGUGAGCGUUUGCCGUCCUGUCCACACUGACUCAGCUGCGCAGGCAGCCUGCUGGCCUCUGACUGAACACUGGCUGCAGGAGCAGUCUCUUCCACAGGAGUGCUGUGGGGUCUGGCGGGCAGGCUCACUGCACCCAGGACUACUGUAGGUGCAACAUUGGGCCGUGCCUCGUUUGGGGUCCAGACACGCAGACGCCAGCAUCCAGAUUGAAUCUAGUAUACCAGAGAGGCCGAGUUGUGCUAAAGGAUAUUCUACUAGCUAUCCAGAGCCCGGGCUGGAUCCUGCAGCGUAUUUGUUUUGGAGCACACCUGGCUGCCAUGGAGGUCCAGUGGGUUGGGGUUGAACCCCAGAGGCUGGGCCCUCCACACACAGCCGUUGGCCUGAUAAUCUCUAUGCUGCUUGGUAUGUGGUCUGCUCAGGCCCUUGAGAUGUCUGUAGGGAAGAUUCCCUUCCUGGAGGCAGUGAAUGGCAGCACAGUCAUGUUGCCUUGCACAUACACCAGCUGUAUUGGCAUCAAGAACCUCUACUUCAGCUGGCAAUUUAAUGACAACGGUACCAUGCAGAAGGUGUGUGAUUCAGUGAUACCAUCAGAGGGGGUGGUGCCACAUGUGAGUAUAUAUCGAGACCGGGUGGAUUUUGUGGGGAAGAACGAUCACAACAACAUCUCCAUCUUGUUGUGGAACAUCACCUUCGAGGACGGAGGCGAGUACACUUGCUUUGGACGCAACCCCAAAGAGAAGGGCAAGAACCACAGUGCCAUCUUCACCCUCAUUGUGGUGGACGAGUUGAGGGUGGUGGACAACACGCUGACCACCAUCAUAGCCUCAGCUGUGGGCGGAGCCAUCGCACUGAUAAUGGGCUUCAUGUUGCUCAAGAACUUCACUCUCUUUGUUCUUUCCAAGCUUGAGGAGAAAAAUAAGGAGUGCCUUGUAACUUCCUCAGGGAUUGACAACACAGAAAAUGGCCUCUCAGGAUCCAAAGCUGAUUCAAAACCAACACCAAAAAAGAAAUGAGAAAGUGCAUGUAUAUAAAACCAUAUGAGUACUCAUAUUUAUAUACCUUCUUUGCAUAUAUUUAUAUAUGCACAAGUGUUUGCACACAUGCAAAUUCAUUACGUUCAAGUUGGGAUCCUGAAAUCUCUGCCUGGCUGCGGCCUUCAAAAGGGAAUAUAUACAUGUGCACACAAUGCUACCACAUAUGCACGGAAUAGUAACUGUGCAGAUGAUAUACAACUAAUGAAUGUGCAAAUCAUGAGUUCACACAUAAUUAUUUAGGAUGUGCACACAACUUAAUGAUUUACAUCUAAAAUAUAAUUGCACCUACCAGAGACACUUCAGCUUGGCUUAUUUAGGAUUAAUGUUUUAAUCUUAUAUAUAUUUACAUCCCGCCUCCCACUUGGUCUCCCAUAUAUCUACCUCCUUUGCCCACAUUGGUCAACACAUUACCAGAAAACACAUUAAAGGUGUUGUUUGAUAAUGGCUUUGUUUUUUUUUGUGUGUGUGUGUUUUGAGGAGCAAGCCAAAGGGAGAUUUGUCUCUAUGAAAAACAUUGUUCCCAAGUUGUCUCUAGUUAGACAUUGGGAAUGACAAUUCAUUGUAGACAGUGGAAGAAAACACACUGCUCUGGCAAAAGCAGUGAAGGAAAAUUAAGGUUUAAUUCAACUGGUCGAUUCCCCACUGUUUCAGCAGGCUCUGUAGAAUAUAAACAUGCAAUUUGGAUGAGCUUUGUUGAUCUAUUGAUGGAUAUUCUAAUCAUUCCCACUGGCAAAGUCAUCAUCUGAUAUAUCCUUACAGAGCAAGUAAACAUACUGAAUGUCAACCUGUCCUUCAACAUUGUUUUGUGUUUGUACUUUGACCAUUAGAUAUACCUUUAAAUACACCGUGGAGCACCAAGAAGGUACAGUAAUGCAUUUUAAGAAAGACCCAAUUUAAAAUGCUGUGUGGACACGAGGCUGCUUAUUUAGCUGGCAAUGGUUGUGUGUGUUUACAGGGAUCAUGCAGUGAGUUUAAGCUAAGUGAAAGCAUGCUUGUUUAUGAUCAGUAAGCUAAGUGUCUCUGGUAGAUGGUUUCUUUUUGAACUCAUUAAAACCAAAAUAUGUGCACAUUUUAUUAAAUUCUAGGGAUGUUUGUGUGGAUUUGUGUGUACACGUUAUUAAAUUGUGUAUGUGUGGGGGUUAUUCACAAAAAUGUUUGUACAACAGUUGUAUAUCAUUUUGCACAGUCGUGCACUUUUUAAAGUGCUUUGUAGCCAUGAUAUAUCAAUAAUUGUCUGUGGCACAGCCAGAGUACAUAAAAAAUUUAAACUUUGACUGUUUUUCAUCUGAAGUCAAAACAAAAACAUUUUUUUGUUGAGACAGGGAAUAAUGCAAUGUAGUUACAACUGGGCUGAAUCCCUCUUUAACUAACACCAAAUUCACAGUAGCCCUUCUAUAAUGUGGUCAAUUAAAUCAAAAUUUGGAUUUUGAAAUUACAGUAUUGUAUCCUAUAACUUAUAUAUACAGUUCUAUCUCACAAAUCUACUGAUCAAUUUGUAGCUACUUUCCACAAAACACCUAGAGUAUGUUGUCUGAUGUAUUCAAACAAUUGUAGUAAAACAAAUGGUGAUUUAAGUAGUACUAACACAAAUGGUAUUGACAGAAUAUUGUAGGAUUCAGCCCAGCUUUUCAUCCUGUACCUUCUCUUUGCUUUAUAUAAAACACAGGUGCCUGUUAGUGCUUCUAUGCUCCUCUGUCAAUGAGGAUCACUACAUAUUGCAAAACAUUUUUAUAAAACUCAGCAAACAGUAAUAGUACAACAAGCUUCUAAACUGAAAUGAUAGACAAUCCCCUGAAACAAUCCCCCCACCCCCUAGAAAAUGAAUGACCUUCUGAUGAUGCUGCUUUUAAGACAAAUAACCAAUGCAUUUUAAGCAUGUGCAACAUGGGCCAGAUUUUAGACACAAUGCUUGAACAGAAAUACAUACUUUUUGGAAAAACAUGUUCCAAUAUACUAACACUGGCAGCGUCAGCUCUGAGGUUAAUUGUAAAUCCCAUUUUAUGCCAUGCUAAUUUCAUUGUGCUAACCGUGGCUAAGGCAAAGCACUAUUUGGUGAUGUGGCCCUGGAUACUGUAUGCCUGGAUCAGACUCAACAUAUUCUCUUUGCUUAGUAUGUGCCUCUUCAUGGAAAUGGCUCGUUUUCCUAAACACUGACAAACAUUCAUUCAGUCAGUCUUUGCAAUAAAUAAUCUUUAUCAGCUGCACUGCAGUGAAAAAGAUAAACCUGGUUGCCCUGCCCAUGCAUACAGUAAAUGACCCAUAAAUUCAUAAUUUAAAUGAUCAUGGGAUCCGGUCUCAGAUAGCAGGCUGAGUGGGGGGGGCUGUAGUUCAAGUAUAAAUCUGUUCAAGCAGGAAAUAAGACAAGUGAUGCUGUCGGUAUAGCCCACUGACUGUGCCAAACAAGGAUGAUUCCUAUUGAGUAUCAUAUUAGGAGAUGAAUGUAUCUGCAUCAAACUCAAACAGUGAAAUACAAUUUCACCUGCAUUUACAAUAUACAUCUGUUGCACAUUCAAGACACUGAAUGUCUGGCUUUAAAAAGAAAUACCUCUGGAGAGUAGGACAGAUGUGUGGGUAAACACUGUGUCAGGUCAGAUAUAGAUACCUCCCCAGUCACAACAGACGUUGCAUGAGCAUACUUUACAGUAAAGCAGUGGUUCUCAAAGUGGGGAGCGUGGAUGUUGAGUGGACCUAAAGUUGCAUGAAUAUGAUUCAUGUGGUGACAUAAAUAAACAAAAGUGCUCUGAUGCUAGCAAGGCUA